AUGGACAAGAGUGCUACUGAGGUAGAGUACCCCUUGAGUGCUACUAGUCAUAGUGAAGAAACUGACCAUGUUACGGGCUUGGGCAAGGGAAAAGAAGUUGCUGCUGAUGAUAUUGGAAGAAGAGAGGAUUUUACAAUUUGUUUGGCAUCAUCUGCGCAGUAUACAAAAACAGUUUUGGCUUCUGCAGAAGCCAGCCAUCAGGUAAACCAGAAAGCGCUGCAGGUAACAAGUGAAGCUGAAGUAUCAGCUAAAGCAUUCCGAUCCGAAAACCCCUUCUUCAAAAUCAAUAUGCGUCCCUCUUAUGUGGAUGGAAGAUGCUUGAUGAUUCCGAGAAAAUUUGUGAGUUUAUACAAGAACCUAACGGAUCGUAUUUCCUUGAAGGCUCCAAGUGGUUUAAUUUGGUCAAUUGAUUUAGAAAGAAACAGCGACGAGAUCUGCUUAAGAAAUGGUUGGCUAGAAUUUGCGAAGUUCUAUUCUAUAAGUUUUGGUCAUAUGUUGGUAUUUGAAUACCAGGGAGAUUCCAAGUUUCUAGUACGCAUAUUUGAUCCAAGUGCUUCAGAGAUAGACUAUCCGUUAGCUACCACUAAGAUUCCAAACUCUGUAAAAUCGAGGUCCAAAGUGAAGAAGACAGUAAUCGAUAUUGAUGACACAACCAGUUCUGAGAUGAUAAGGCCUUCUAAAAAGAUAAGAGCAAGCUCUGCUCCUAUAGCAGCUCGCAAUACUGGACCAAAAUUGCAGCACAAAAAAGCAAUGGAAAAUGAUGAGCCAGCACCGGCCAGUAAGGAGGACAAAGAUAGAGCACUUGCAUCAGCUAAGGCUUUCAGAUCCAAGAACCCCUUUUUCAUUCAUGCUAUGAAACCAAUUUAUGUAUACGAGAACGGGUCUGGAGUGUAUAUACCAAAAACUUUUAAAGAGGCUUAUAAGAAGUGGAAGUACCAAAACCAGAUCCUCCUUGAAGCUGAAGGAAGAAUUUGGCCAGUUACUUGUAGUUUGUACUCACAUUGCAACCAGUGUAGAAUUAGACAAGGCUGGGCUCAAUUUGCAAGAGACAAUUCACUAAAAGCAGGUGAUGUUUGUGUAUUCGAGCUGAUCAACCCCUCUACAAAACUGUUGCAGGUGUUAAUUUUUCGAGCAACAAAGGAAGCUGAAAAUCUGGAGUGCUUGCAUCAUCUGAAGCUUUAAAAUCCAAGUACCUUUGUUCUUAAUCAACAUGCAUUUCAAAGCCUUUCAGCUUAUUUACGACUCUUAUUAGCACAUAAAUUAGUUUACAGGCUUGUAGAAGAAAUUUGUCUCUCAAUUCACAUGGAAACGAAAUGGAAAUAUGUGAAAUAUGACAGAUCUAUUUACGUCGGGAUCUGACAUCCUGACAAGACAUUUCGAGAGAACCU